AUGAUCAUUAACGGGUUUCCAGCAGACGAUAGUGUCUCAGUCAGAAAGGCUCAAGAUGUCCUGCGCGAGGACACUCUCGAAGGUGACCUGGCGUAUUUGUGCUCCAAUUUCACGUUUCUGGCGGACACAAUCAAGAGCCUCGAAAGUGCUGGCGAAACUCUGGCUCGGAACGUCGGGCUCAUUUCGAAGGUUCAAGAACUAGUCGACGACGUCCGCGCAGGCCCCGCUGCUGUACAAGUUCGUUCAAAGCUUCAGUCCGUCUUGAGCAAAAAUAGUGGGUUUUCUGUACUCAAAGAAGUCUCGAAGGUUCUCUCCGGGGAACACUCCAGGGUGCCAGAGGGUGUGGAAGCAUUGAAUAUUUCUAAGCACAAGUACGCCCCGCUCACAUCAGUUGACGUGGAACGCUCUUUUUCAGCGUACAAACUGGUUCUAAGCGACAAGAGGCAGAAGUUUGAACCCAAGAAUCUUGAGAUGGUGCUUGUUUUUUAUUGUUUUCAUAAUUUUUCCCAUUGUUUCUAG